AUGGAUUCGCCCCUCGUCGACUCCGAAGGAUUCCCGAUUCCCUCUAUUGAUGUGUAUGCAGUUCGAACUUCGCGGGUUCAGCUGAUCCGACUGGCCAAUGAUAGGAAGGCCCUCCAAGCGAAGAUUGCUGAGUCACUGGAGGCUGCCCACGCUGAUGAGAGACUUCGGAAGGAAGCCGGCGCCUCCGAGCUCGAGACUCAAAAGGAAGAUUUUGAGAUUGUCCAUCGCACUAGUAAUGACCCCUUUGCCCGUGUGAUCAAUGUGUUGCCUGGUGGCCCGGCAGAUGAGGACGGUUUGAAAGAAGACGAUUACAUCCUUCAAUGGGGCCCGAUUCACCGUGCCAUUUUCACGGGCAUCGUCGGUAUGGCUGAAGAAGCGAAGAAUGCUGAAGGGGUUCGC